AUAUCUUCUUUAGCAGUCUUUUCCUCUACCACGGCCUGAGCACAUUUCAGUGAAGCUCAAAUCUUAGGGUUCUUCUCUCUCCUCUUUCUCUCUCUAAAAGAGGGGUUUCACGAAUUGCUAGCGGUGAUUUCAGGCUACAGCUGGACAUGAACGGCGAGGAAUUGACGGAGCAAGAAACCGCCCUUUAUGAUCGUCAAAUCCGCGUCUGGGGAGCCGAUGCUCAACGAAGGCUAAGCAAGUCUCAUAUACUCGUUAGUGGCCUAAAAGGCACUGCAAUUGAGUUUUGCAAGAACAUUGUGCUAGCAGGAGUAGGUAGUGUGACGUUAAACGAUGACCGUAUUGUUACUGAGGAGAUACUGUCGGCCAACUUUUUGAUCCCUCACGAUGAAAGCGUGUACUCGGGGAAAUCUCUUGCUGAGCUCUGCUGUGAUUCCUUGAAGGAUUUCAACCCCAUGGUUCGUGUUUCUGUUGAAAAAGGUGAAUUAUCCAACUUUGAUGUUGACUUCUUUGACAAGUUCGAUGUUGUAGUUCUGAGUUCGUCCACUCUUUCGACAAAAAUAUCAGUUAACGAGAAGUGCCGCAAAUUGUUAAAACGCAUUGCAUUCUAUGCGGUGGAUUGCAGAGACUCGUGUGCUGAAAUAUUUGUUGACUUGCAAAAUUACAUCUACAGCAAGAAACAAGGCGAUGAAGCAGUUGAAUGCCUUUUAGAGUAUCCAAGUUUUGAGGAAGCUAUUUCUGUGCCAUGGAGAUCUCUUCCAAGGAGGGUGUCUAAGUUGUACUUAGCCAUGAGAGUGAUAGAGAAGUUUGAGGAGCUUGAAAGCCGUAUUCCUGGAGAAAGUUCUGAUUCUGACUUGCCGAAAGUUCAAAAGCUGAGAAAGCAACUUAGUGAGGCACAGUCCCUGGAUGAAUCUCAAAUUCCCGAUUCCCUUCUCGAGAGAUUGUUAGAAGGUAGAAUAGAGUUCCCUCCUGUUUCCGCCAUCAUUGGAGGAAUCCUCGGACAGGAAGUUAUUAAAGCACUGUCAGGCAAAGGAGACCCUCUUAAGAAUUUCUUCUUCUUUGAUGCGACGGAUGGGAAAGGCAUAAUCGAAGACAUAUCUAAACAGAAGCCGUAAUUAAUUAGUGAAGAUUGGUAUCCAGAUUUUGAUGAUCCAUUUCGUAGGCGAAAAGGUAAAAUCGUUUUGUUCGAUAUUUGGAUCCUCUAUUUAACAGCUGGCUAGAACACAAGUGAUUUAGUCUUAGGGCUUUUAGCUUUAGUUUCAUUAACUAAGAAUUGUUCCAGGUACUAUGUGGUAAUGACAUGUUGCAAAACUUUUGUUACUUAAUUGGGGUUUACCUGAUUUUAAGAGAUAAUGUUAUUUUGGUAAGUUGAAAACUAAUUAAAAUUGUUUAUAGGACUAA